UUUCAGGUAGUUAACUUCCGUCCGGAGUCUGAAGUAGCAUGGGGAAUAUCCGAGGCGUCACGUGUUGCACUGAUUCAACAGCUGAAAGGCAAUUCAUCGAUAAACUUCAUCGUAGCAGUGGAAUUCUCUCGACCAUAUGAUGAAAAGAAGAAGGAAGUGCAGAAACAUGCCACCCAAUGGUCUAUCGAAUUCAAAGGAGAUGACAAACAACGCAAAGAAUGGGUUACAAUCCUGGAAAGCCAGGGUGGACAGACGAUAUCGUUACCGCAAGCAUUCCCAAGCUAUCUGCUGGUACCGAACGAAGGAGCCGUCACCAUUCCAACGCCUCUUGUGUCUGCGAUUCAGUACAAUCAGGACAACUACCAACGUCCACAGAACGCAUCAGAUCGUGACUGGUUCGAUACCGUCAAACUGUCGCUGGUCCAGGCACCAGCUGGGGAUGUGUGGGUAGCACAAACGGAACAUCCACCUCAAUACACAAACGUCUACUUCAACGCAUCAAAUAUCACCUAUGGUAACGACACUCGCACAUACGUUCAGACGAUAGCGUUUGUGGAUAAAGCGUUCCCGUCAUUCUUCGCCAAAUACCUACAAGGAGGGUGA